GUAGACGGGGCUUCGCUGGAGCCGAGCGAUCUUUCUCUCGCUGCGUCGUCUGGAAGUCGCGCGGGCUCGAGGGGAGCCCGAGGCCGCCGAGGUGCCCGGCCCCGCCAGCACCGGUGCUGUCCGCUGGGGGGAGGCCAGCCCCGGGCGCGCACGCUCGGCUGAGCCCCGGCGCGCCCCGCGCCCGCUGACAGCUGCAGCCGGGCUCCAGCCGUCCGCUCCGAGCUAGGCGGCCUCUGCCCCUCUGCACUCUGCCUCCGCCCCCUCGGACUCCCUCCUCUCCGCCUCUACCCCUCCUGCCCCUGGUGCGGAUCGUUUCGCAACUGCUCGUCUCUCGCCCCGUGCCCGGCUGAUUUUCCAUUUCCCGGCCCCCUCUUCUUAAGUACUUUGCACCCCGCUUUUGGGGAGAGGGACUGAAGAGGGAGCGGGGGGAGCGUCCAGAAGAGAAGGAAGCGAGGCCCGCAGGAGGAGGCGUCUCGGCGGACCGUGGGGAGGAGACCCCACGCCACCCUUUCUGGUCAUCUUGCCUCCUGCCCCGCCCCUGCUCACACUCCCUCGCGGGCGAGCUACUUUCGGACGAGGAAAGUGAGGGCGGCCCUGGGUGACAGCGCCGCGGGGCCAGUCCCGGGGAAGCCGCGCGUUUGCUCGCGUCUCGUCCGUCGCGCUCCCAGCUAGGGCACAGUCCGGACCAAGGAUGGCUUCGACCACAACCUGCACCAGGUUCACGGACGAGUAUCAGCUUUUCGAGGAGCUUGGAAAGGGGGCAUUCUCAGUGGUGAGAAGAUGUAUGAAAAUCCCUACUGGACAAGAAUAUGCUGCCAAAAUUAUCAACACCAAAAAGCUUUCUGCUAGGGAUCAUCAGAAACUGGAAAGGGAAGCUAGAAUCUGCCGUCUCUUGAAGCACCCCAAUAUUGUGCGACUUCAUGACAGCAUAUCGGAAGAGAGCUUCCAUUACUUGGUGUUUGAUUUAGUUACUGGAGGUGAACUGUUUGAAGACAUAGUGGCAAGAGAAUAUUACAGCGAAGCCGAUGCCAGUCAUUGUAUACAGCAGAUUCUAGAAAGUGUAAAUCAUUGUCACCUAAAUGGCAUAGUUCACAGGGACCUGAAGCCUGAGAAUUUACUUUUAGCUAGCAAAUCCAAGGGAGCAGCUGUGAAACUGGCAGACUUUGGCUUAGCCAUAGAAGUUCAAGGAGACCAACAGGCAUGGUUUGGUUUUGCUGGCACACCUGGAUAUCUUUCUCCAGAAGUUUUACGUAAAGAUCCUUAUGGAAAGCCAGUGGAUAUGUGGGCAUGUGGUGUCAUUCUCUAUAUUCUACUGGUGGGGUAUCCACCCUUCUGGGAUGAAGACCAACACAGACUCUAUCAGCAGAUCAAGGCUGGAGCUUAUGAUUUUCCAUCACCAGAGUGGGACACAGUGACUCCUGAAGCCAAAGACCUCAUCAAUAAAAUGCUUACUAUCAACCCUGCCAAGCGUAUCACAGCGUCAGAGGCACUGAAACACCCAUGGAUCUGUCAACGUUCCACUGUUGCUUCUAUGAUGCACAGACAGGAGACUGUAGACUGCUUGAAGAAAUUUAAUGCUAGAAGAAAACUAAAGGGUGCCAUCUUGACAACUAUGCUGGCUACGAGGAAUUUUUCAGCAGCGAAGAGUUUGUUAAAGAAACCAGAUGGAGUAAAGAUAAACAACAAAGCCAACGUGGUAACCAGCCCCAAAGAAAAUAUUCCUACCCCGGCGCUGGAGCCCCAAACUACUGUAAUCCACAACCCUGAUGGAAACAAGGAGUCAACUGAGAGCUCAAAUACAACAAUAGAGGAUGAAGAUGUGAAAGCGAGAAAGCAAGAGAUUAUCAAAGUCACUGAACAAUUAAUCGAAGCUAUCAACAAUGGGGACUUUGAAGCUUACACAAAAAUCUGUGACCCAGGCCUUACUGCUUUUGAACCUGAAGCUCUGGGUAAUUUAGUGGAAGGGAUGGACUUUCACCGAUUCUACUUUGAAAAUGCUUUAAAAAGCAAUAAACCAAUCCACACCAUCAUCUUGAACCCUCAUGUACAUCUGGUAGGGGACGAUGCUGCCUGCAUAGCGUACAUUAGGCUCACACAGUACAUGGAUGGCAGUGGAAUGCCAAAGACAAUGCAGUCAGAGGAGACCCGUGUGUGGCACCGCCGGGAUGGAAAGUGGCAGAAUGUUCAUUUUCAUCGCUCUGGGUCACCAACAGUACCCAUCAAGUAAAUAUUUCCAGGCUGUCAACUUCUUUGUUAAUAUACCCAUGCUAACUAUCGACAGUGCCACUUCUGCAUCCUCUGUUUUCAAGGCACCUGGAUGGUAACCCUGGGCCGUCCUCUCCUCCUCUUCAUGCAUGUUUCUGAGUGCAUGAAGUUGUGAAGGUCCUACAUGUAAUGCAUAUGUGAUGCAUCAUCUUAUCAUAUAUUCCUUCCUAUAUACAUUGUUUACACUUCAACUACAGGGAUGUUCCAUGCAAACUUCAAUUGUUGUUGGCAAACAAUAGGGGGCGGUCAGACAAAAAAAAUUCCACAAUAAUCCAAGUACAACCUAUACAUCUGUUUAUGCCAAGAUUUAACAGACUUAAAAAUUAUUGCUCUCUGGAUGAUGGUUUGUAAGAGAAAUGUAAAUUUUUUAGAACUCUUUGCUGUCAAUCUGUUUUGGCUUUUUUUUUUUUUUUUUUUUUUUUUUUUCCUUAAACAAAAAAGUAUACCUUCAGUUUCCUUGUGUAAUCCUGGUUGAAAUGAAUGUUUUCAUGGAAAGCUUUGUUGUUUAAAAAUUGAAGUUGGUUGAUAUGUGGGCAAAAUCACUUACGAACGUAAAAGCAAGAACAGUUCUUUUGCUACCAUCUAAAGCCAUGUUGUUUUUGGUCAAACUGUGUCAACUGGAAAAAGUCACAUUAUUAUUUAUGAGUUUUAUUGCUUUAGGAUAUACUCACAUUGUUCUGGUGAAUUUGCUGAAUUGGAUUUUUUUUUUUUCCUUUCUCAAAUCUAUGCUCUGUUUUCUUCAUUUUAUCCUAUUUCUUGUUCCUUUUGUUUACUUUUUAAAAAUUUUUCUUUUGUCUUCAUUCUUUUCUUUUUUAUUUCCUUUUUUAUUUUUGGCUGGUAGUAAGAAAAGAAUAAAAGUGAAAUUUGCCUGGUGAAGGUAAAAUAAAAAUCAAGGCCUUUUGGAGGUAGCUAAACUAGCACUUUUGAUCAUCUUCAGGGCCCACAAAAAUGUUGUCAAGAUUUUAAAGAUUAUUUCUUCUUAGGUUCUAGUUUGGACUUAGGUAUCCUACUAUGUUGGAGGUAUUAGCUUUGUUUAAGCCUAGGAUAAAAGCAAGUAAGUUCCUACUGUAACUGCAAUGUGUCUUACUGAUUGGGGCAACUGCAAGGAGAAUACCAAGUUCAUUGCUGAUCAGUUUUCUGCAAAUGCACUCAUUUCCACCUUGUGGAAUGCUGGGGCCCCUCCUACAUCAUUUCUAGUUAGUUUUCUAUAGUUAGAGAUGCUUACGAAUGUUUUCCAUUCUCAUAAGUGUUUUGAACUUGAUCUUUGUGACUCGUGCUUUUUUAGCUUCUCUCUUGAGUGAGAGUAUCAUUAUCUUCCUCUAAGAGUUAGGAUUUUCCAGUUUAAGACAAAAAGAAAAGGGAAAUGUCCUGGGUUUUCUUUGUGCUUCUCAUUUUUUUGUUGAUUCAAUUCCUUUGGCUUUCUUCUUCCCUGAAAUGCUUUCUAGUGCAUGGAAUCUCCAUCAACAUUAUUUUGACGAUAGUGAUUCACAAUCCUCCGAAGCCUAAUUUUAAAGCAAAAGCAAAAAACCAAAACCAAAACAACUAAAAACAACCCUCUCUCUUUUCUCUCAUUUCACCUUUCUGUGUUGAUUACUAAUCACCUUAGCUAUUGUUGCUAGUGAAUGUAUGGUAGAUGGGUUGAAGCUUUUCUGAUAAUUAUUACACGAUUUAAAACAAUAUAUAUUUAAAAUAAAUAUAUACAGUAAAUGUAUUGAGCCAUGUUAACCUGCCAAUGAGAUCUGUGAAAAAGUAAUGGCCUCAUUUUUCCCUUUUUAGUUUCUUUUACCUUUUUGUGAAGCAGCUAUAUGUGGCAUACAUGUAUUUUUAAAAAAUAGGUAUAGAGUGUUUUUGUUUUUACACUUUUAACUUAGCAUGUGGUGUUGAAGUAUUACCAUAGAUCAAGUUCGUCUUCCGCACUAAGAUGUGAGGAAAUUGUGAUUUGUUCUCUCCACCACAAUUGAAUUACACACUUAUUAUCUUCUAUCAUUUUGAAACACUGCAGUUUACCAUGGGACACUGUAUAUAUUUCUUGCCAUAAUGGUAAAUGAUUGAUUGAUAUAUUUAAGAGUUAAUAAAUUUGUGAUUUCUGCUGACAA